CUUUUUGCUUACUUAUGCGCGCUUAAGUAUCUACAACCAAAGCCGCAACGACAGCCACAACAACAGCUAUAGCCCCAGCCAUAUAGCCACAGUCAAGUCAUAACCACUUAGGGAUAGAAGCUAGCUUCCAAGUUGGUCGAGUUAGUACAUCUUGGACUUUUGUACGUUUAGCAUGUCCAAGAAAUAUUAAACAUUUUCUUCUUAUAUUUUUCGGCGAAUUUAUCUAUUGGAUUUUUAAGUUUGAAAUUUGUAAAACUUCUGCGUCUUUAUAAAAGUUUCUGCUUCAUUUUUUCGGUUAAUAUUUCGACUUUAUUUCUGAUCAUUGUUGUCGUUUCUGUUGUUGAAAGAGUGUGUCUUAAGUGCCGCUGAAAAAAAGUAAAAUAAAAACAAAACAAAAAAGUAUCUAGCAUUUUGAGCUAUUUGUGCAUUUUAUACCAACGCCAACGGUCAGUUGUUAAAAUUGUUGUUAAUUUCGAAAUCAAAUUUAAAGUUUGAAAACCGUGUUAAUGGCCAAACGAGACCAAGGUCAAAGAAAAGUUAAAAAUUGUUUUGUUUAAUAGAAAAACAAGUGAAGUUCUAUUUUAUUUUUUCGAAGAAGGAAAUAAACCAAAACAAAAAGUGGAUAUUAAUUUCUGUGGAUACAUUUUUGAAAGAAAUAAAAACAACAACAACGAAAUCUUCAUACUUUGAUUUAAAGUUAAUGAAAUUUUUCUGGAUAAGAAAAUAACAAAAACCGUAUAAUCUGAGCGCAAAACAACUUAAGAAAGUUUCAAUCGCAGUUUUUUCAAACUUGCGUAAGAAACUUUUCAUAUUUUUUCCAACACUUUUAAUUUAUAUUUUUUGAGAAUCCAACUUUUGCCCACCGAACCAAAUAAAUCACAAUAUGUUGAUAACGUCAACAAGUGAGCCAGUUAUGGCAAACCACACAGAGAGACCCAAUUGGGGCUCACCAGAUACAGCCGUUGCUAUGCGGCAUGCAUACAAAUCCUAUGGCAAAGGAAAAAAUGCCAACCAGGUUUUGAAUAAUCUUAAUAUGACAGUUCCAAAGGGUACAAUUUACGGACUUCUUGGAGCAUCUGGUUGCGGUAAGACAACACUCCUCUCCUGUAUAGUUGGGCGUCGUCGUUUGGAUUCCGGUGAUAUUGCCGUUUUGGGUGGCAAACCCGGUACUCGUGGAUCUGGUGUUCCUGGCAAACGCGUCGGCUAUAUGCCUCAAGAGAUUGCCCUCUAUGGUGAAUUUUCCAUUCGCGAAACAAUGAUGUACUUCGGUUGGAUUUUCGGCAUGGAAUCGAAAGAGAUCAGGGAACGUUUGCAGUUUCUUUUGGAUUUUCUUGAUUUACCAUCAGAAAAACGUUUGGUUAAGAAUCUCAGUGGUGGUCAGCAGCGUCGAGUUUCGUUUGCUGUUGCUCUAAUGCACGAUCCCGAACUGUUAAUUCUCGACGAACCAACUGUGGGAGUUGAUCCGUUGUUGCGACAAAGUAUAUGGAAUCAUUUGGUUCAUAUAACAAAGGCUGGACAAAAGACCGUCAUUAUAACAACGCAUUACAUUGAAGAAGCUAGGCAAGCGCAUACGAUUGGUCUAAUGAGAUCUGGUAAUCUGCUUGCCGAAGAAUCACCCAGCGUAUUACUAUCGAUGUAUAAAUGUUUAAGUCUUGAAGAAGUAUUCUUAAAAUUAUCCCGCAUUCAAAGCCAAAAAGGAGAAUUAACUCAAGUUAAUUUUAGUAAUAAUAUUUCUCUUCACACAAUGGCAUUCGGCAGUAAAAAGGAUAAUCCCAGUUCGAGUCAUGAAGGAGGAGUUGUUGGACUUAAUUACUAUCCAACCCAAAGUAAAGAAGUUCUAAUCAACGAUACAAAUGGAUCAAUAUAUACGCUUAACCAAGAGAAUUUUAAUCCUCCGUCACCGUACAAAAACCAAAACGAACCUGCCCAAUCCGAUUGCUUUGCUGAUCUUUGCAUGAUGACAUCAAAAGGUAAAAUUAAAGCCCUCCUAACAAAGAACUUCCUCCGGAUGUGGCGUAAUGUUGGUGUCAUGAUGUUCAUCUUUGUUUUACCCGUGAUGCAAGUUAUUCUUUUCUGUAUGGCCAUUGGACGUGAACCACAAGGACUAAAAAUCGCUAUUGUUAAUGACGAACUUAAUGACACGAGUGCCUGUUUGUGGAGAGAUGGAUGUCAUGUGGAAAAUGUUGGUUGUCGAUAUUUAAGCCAUUUAAAUGACAGCAUAGUAAAAAGAUAUUAUACGGACCUGGAUGUGGCACUGGAUGCGGUACGAGCUGGAGAUGUCUGGGGUGCUAUUCAUAUAGGAGAAAAUUUCACUGAUGCUUUUGUUGCUAGAGCUGCCUUAGGACGCGAUUCUGAUGAAGAAACAAUCGAUCAAUCUGAGAUCAAAGUGUGGCUUGAUAUGUCAAAUCAACAAAUUGGUGUCAUGCUCAAUAGGGACCUUCAAUUGGCCUAUCGUGACUUUGCUAUGAAAUUGUUGGAUCAGUGCGGCAGUAAUCCAAAGCUCGGUGAUGUUCCAAUUCAAUUCGAUGAACCUAUUUAUGGAACUAUGAAUCCGUCAUUUACUGAUUUCGUUGCACCGGGAGUUAUUUUGACAAUUGUAUUCUUUUUGGCGGUUGCUCUGACGUCAUCGGCUUUAAUUAUUGAAAGAACUGAGGGUAUGUUGGAUCGUUCAUGGGUCGCUGGUGUGUCUCCAGGUGAAAUUCUCUUUUCCCACGUUGUCACUCAAUUCGUUGUUAUGUGUGGUCAGACUUCUUUGGUCCUAAUCUUCAUGUUGGUCGUCUUCGGAGUAACCAACAAUGGUGAACUAUUCUGGGUGAUUGUCAUUACCCUGCUGCAGGGUAUGUGCGGCAUGUGCUUUGGUUUCCUAAUUUCUGCCGUCUGUGAACUCGAACGAAAUGCCAUUCAACUAGCAUUGGGUUCAUUCUAUCCGACACUUCUGCUUUCCGGUGUCAUUUGGCCAAUCGAAGGAAUGCCAAUUGUGCUAAAAUACAUUUCACUUGUGCUGCCUCUGACGUUGGCCACAUCAUCCCUGCGUUCAAUACUCACCCGUGGCUGGACGAUAGUGGAACCAGCUGUCUACAGUGGCUUCCUGAGUACACUGGCAUGGAUUGUUUUGUUCUUGGUGUUCACACUGAUUGUUCUGCGGUCGAAACGAGGUUAAGGAUGGCGUCGUAACUGGCAAAAAGGAAACGCGAAUGCAGGACUCUUGACUUUUCUUUUAUGCUCUCCGUUAUGCGAUGGUUUAGAUUCAGGAUCAAUAUUCUGUAUCAUCAAUACCUAACUUCAUGCCAAUACCAACGAUGAGGAGCAAGAAUGUUCCAGAACCUUUCCUUUCAUUUAUAAUCUUAUGAUCCUUCCUGCCGCCUAAGAUCCUUACUUCUGUCGCUCUUACUGUCACUUCGUCAUUUAAGCUGCUCGUCGCUCCUCCAUUUGUUCAAUAUUUAUUUCUCCGCAGCGCAGUGUAUGUGUAGCUUUUAGUUUAAUUUAAUUAAUUCUAAGGGUUAGGACGUAAUUUAUCAAUUUAAACAAACUAAACAAAAAUCGAAACAAAUUGAAAGACAAGGGAAGUAUAAUUUAUUCAAGUCAAUCCUAUCACAGAAUCCGCCGAAUUGUCAUUCGAAAACAGAGACAACAAUUUUCGAUCGCAGGAUUAUUUCGUAAAUUUAGCGGAGUUUUUAUAAAUGAGUAUGAACUCAAUAUUCUUCUAGAAAUGUAAAUAAAAUGGAGACAAUCAUAACAUUUUUUGGUUUGUGAUCACAAAAAAAUAUAAAAACCUAGAUUUUUGAGAGAAUUUGAUUUUUCUAAAAA